AUGGAUCUCCGAUUGUCAAUCGCCGUGGUUCUGACAUUAUCAGUCGUAACAUCCAUUCCAGUCGCGGAGUCGUCGUCGUCUCCGAUGUACAAUGACAAUCACCGCUUCGUCCAGCAGCCGCCGCUGAUGUCGAUGGUGCACGGCAACCACGCGACGCCGGGCCGGCCGAGGAAGUGCAGCGGGCGGUUGAUCGGAGACUGCGUGAGCGAGGACGAGGAGAUGGCGAUGGAAUCGGGGAUGAGCCGGCGAGUUUUAGGGCAGACGAAGUACAUCAGCUACGCGGCGCUCGCCGCUAACAGCAUCCCCUGCAACGCGCGCGGCCGAUCGUAUUACAACUGCUACACGCACCAGAAAGUCAAUCCCUACUCGCGCGGCUGCUCCAUGAUCACGCAUUGCGCCAGAGGAGGUUGA